AUGGAUCUAAGCUUUCGCUCCGCCUUUGAAUCGGAGCGCCUCAUCUACGAGGCCUAUGACAGUGCCGACGAAGACACCAAAAAGUUUCUGUACCACCAGAUGGCCAUGGACCCGGCGAUCCGCGGCCUCGACAGCAUCCAGUCUUUUGGUCCCCUGUCCAAGACGAGCUACUACGAGUCGCUCAGCCAGUGGAAGAAUAACCUGCUCAGCGUCAUCAUCUGCCUGAAGCCGGACAACUGGGAUGAGCUGGCCGGGGACUAUCAACGUGCAGAACACACCAAGGCGUUGCGCGGCGUGCCCAUUGGCAUGAUGUGUCUGGCAACGGGACCCGCGUCGCUUGCACAUCAUCGCCGCGCGGGCCUGGGCAUGUCGGUCGGUGUCGCGUGGCAGGGCCAGGGCUACGGCACCGAGGCGCUGCGGUGGCUGGCCGGCUGGACGUUUGCGUACGGCAACAUGCACAGUCUGUUUCUGCAGGCGAGCAGUCUCAACACAAAGGCGUUGCACGUUUACAAAAAGGUAGGGUUCGUGGAGGAUGGCCGGCAGCGCGAAGCCGUUUACAUGGCGGGACGGUGGUUUGACGUUGUGCACAUGUCGAUUCUGGAGCAGGACUGGAGGGCGCAGCAAGAGGCUGAGAAGAAGCCAUCCGAGGCUUGA